AUGAAAUGCCUCACAAUUUUGUUGUUGCAGAAUUUAUGCCUCGACGUUCGGCUCGUUGGACCUCCGGCUAUGGGAUCUUAAAAGCCACUUGCCUGGUAACUCGUCCUUUUCUAGCACUGCGGAUCUCGCCCACUGACAUAGGGUUCCAUAAUAAUUCAUGGAAUGAUGGAGAUUUUCUGUUUGUUAUAUCACCUCAGAAGCCAAGCGGGGUGAAUGAGGGGUGCUACUUCACUCUUGGAUCGUCACUGGACGAAGGCAGCAAGAUGUUGCAUGUUGAGCCCCCCUUACAUCCAGACGGGGGCACUCUCUACAUCCAUACAUUUCCAAAGCUUCAAGAGGACAUUGAAUACGAGCAGCCAGCCUCUGUGGCUCACCUCCCGCAUCAACUUGAAGAAUCUAGUUAUCUCACCUUCUGUCGUGCGGUCUUGGAUGACUAUGACAAAAUGCUGCAAGAAAAAUACACGAAUGAGGAACGGUCAUCUGGUGGUAGCGAACCGGUGGGGGACGAAUGGCAUAUGUGGAAUACCCGGCAACAGAUGGAAGGGGCGCCCCAAAAGAAUGGUUAUGUUUUCGAAUAUUUGGAACCACAGAGUUUCGACUUGUCUGCUGUCGAACCACCGUCCAUUUAUCAAGAUUUACUUCUGUAUAACCAACUUACUGCAGACUACUCGUGGAUGGGUGUAACUGUUGCUAUGAACUGGGCUGUGAAGUUGAGAAACUUUGAUCGUGCGCACGAGACUCGAUGGAGCAGCCUCCUUCUCCCGGAUUCCUCGUUUAGUGGGAAUGUGCCAACCUUCAACGGAAAUAUCAAGGAACAUGCUCUAAUGCUCUGGUCGAUGAAGAUUCCCUUUGACGGUGACCCCCCUAUAAGCUCACAAUCCCCCGAUGAUUGGAACUCAGAUGAGGGGCCAUAUAUCAAGCUCGACCUCAUCCCAAACUCCAUGUCUCCUGUGUUGGCUCCAUCCACUAGAGUUAUCGUCUUUGACCUCUUUGGUACUAUCUUGGAUCGUGACGGCGCCAUAGAUGAUGCUAUGCGGCUGCUAGACAACUCUGACGCACCAUAUGCCUCCAUCGUGCGGCAAGCUCUGGAGAAAGUCUGCAUGUUUCUGGAAGUGCCACUAAGCGAAGUCAUACUCUAUAAAGCUGUCCAGGCUGUACUGCAACCUAGUUUAUAUGCCGAUGCAGAAGCAGCUGUGGGGACGCUCCUGGAUCAGGGCUAUGCACUGCUCGGUCUUCCGAUCCCGGACACAAAGUCAUUUUUACUUCCGCCACUUCCAUUUGGCCUCGAUGUCGAUGAAGGUGAGGAAUCUUGA